AUGUCAAAUCCAUCUGUACCUAGUGGUCAUGAACCUUUAUUGGAAUAUCAAGAACCAGACAAGAACAUCAAAGUCCAUCAAGUUGAAGGUGCUGUUACGAAUCAUUAUGAUGAUGAUGAUGCUACGAGACUCGCUAAACAACAACAACAAAAGGCAACGAAUAAGGCUGCUGUUUUUCGACAAAUCCGGAUGUUUGCUAUGAUGAUCAUCAUUGACAUAGGAUUACCUCUUGCUUUAUACUUUAUAUUGGAGAUGUAUACUAGCCAAUUGAUAGCCUUGAUUGUGUCAGGCAUUCCUCCUUUACUCCAUGUUUUAGUUACCUUCAUCAUCAAACGACGAAUCGAAGUAUUGGGUUGUAUUUGUGUCUUUUCUUUUAUUCUCUCUGCCAUCUUGAGUUUGAUCAGUGGUGAUGCUCGUCUUGCUCUUCUUCGUGAUUCAUCAACCUCAGCAGUGAUUGGUACCGCGUUUUUAAUAACAUUGAUUCCUAUUCAUACGAAAUGGUUCACCAUCUAUCCAUUGACUUUCCUUAUCGCUCAACAAAUGUUGUCUGAACUCCCUCCCAAGACUUGGAUGGAUCAAUAUGGAGUGCGUCAUAGUCUUCCCGUUCCUGAAUUUUUUUGGACUUAUUACCGUGGUUUUCGUUUACACAGUCGUUUUUGCACUGCAAUGUGGGGAGUGGUACUUUUGACAGAAUUUACAAUUAAAGUGAUCAUGAUCGAAGCUACUAGUUUAUCUGUCGAUCAGAUCGUACUGUAUGGUACUAUUAUCAACGUCAGCAUCCUUGUCUCCUGCGCUACAUUUUCUGUCAUCAGCACAAUCUUUAUACGGAGAAAAUGUGCUACUUUUAUUACUGAAUGGUUGAAGGUAAAUGAUUAUACUAAUCAUCACACCGCCACCGAUGAAAAUGUAUAG